CGUAGUGCCGAGCGCUACCUCCCACCCUAUCUCCUCCACGCGAUCGGCUGCCUGGCAGCCCAGACAACACGCUUGUCAGAAUGAAAACUUUAAGAGAACUUUUUCAAGAAAACAUUUAGAUAUCUUGGAAAUUAUGUCAAAAUGGUAUCUGAUAAUCAUCAUUUACUAGAGGCAUCUACUACGAGAGCUCUUUGAGAUAUCUCAUUUGUGACAUUUCUUAAAAAUGUUAUCUUUAUGAUAUCAUGCUACAUGAUAUCAGUUUAAACUCUCAUGAAAGACAUCAUAAUGUUGUCUGGUCUCUGAACCGUCCAAAUGCGCAUGCGCCGCAAUAUAUACAUAUAUACAAACGGCUCAGAAACUAGAUAACAUAAUGAUAUCUUUAAUGAGAAAUCCAUUUGAUGUCAUUACAAAGAUAUAAAUAUUUUCAAGAAACACACAUAACCCUUAAAAUUUGCAGUAUUAAGCUGUCCGCGGAUGAACAGGCACGUAAUGAUUUUUGUUGGAAAGAAGAACACGACAUUUUAUGUUGAAAAGUUUAUAGUGAGUUUGUUAACCAGUCACAUUGUUUGUCUCGCUCUCUACGCAAAGAGGUAAGUAUAUAUUAAAUCUAUAGUGCAAUAAUACAAUCUUCGGAUAAUCUUUCGCACCAUUUGAUCACCGUUACAUUGUGUUAUUUCGUCGACGGUACAAUUCCGAUUCUUUCCAUCCGUUGCUUAUUCAUACGUCCUAUAUAGGACGUAUACAGAACUUCAUGAAGCCGCCAAUCGCCGGGGAGCAGAAUCUAAAUCUGCAGAGUCCGCAGAUACACCUGCACUUACUGUCAGCGCCGUCCGCGGAUCGCUCUCAGAUAAUGAGCCCGCCGACGGCGGGCGUUCCCGGUUCUCAGUUACCUCCGCGUUUGCCCGCGGGCCCUCACGGGCCGCACGGGCAAGCUCCCGUUGGCUACCAAGUUCACGGGACCAAUCACCCAAACGCCAACCUGCUCCAGUCCGGGAUGCCGCCGUACAAUUCGGCGCCGCCGCCGCCGUUGCCGUCGCAGGUCGCGGCGAGCCCGGCAGAUCCAGACCCGUCGCAGUUCGCUCCGCCUCCACCUGCGCCUCUCUCGUCGGGGCAACCCAUGGCGAGUCCCCCGGGGCCCGGUUUCCCUCAGGCGCGACAGAAGCAGUAUUUACCACCGAUGCCGGGUCAGGGUCUGACGAGUCCCGUAGGGCCGGGCUUGUCGCAACCUGGCCAGAAGCAGUACGGCGGCUCCAUGCCUCCGUUACCGGGGCAAGGUCUAGCCAGUCCUCUGGGGAUGAACCGUGCGUCGCCUGGCGUCACCUCGGACUACCAGCAACUGGCGUACCAACACCAGCCUGGAUAUCACAACCAAAUGGACAUGUAUAACAAUCAGAGAAACCUGUAUCAGAGUAACGCACCGAAUGCCACGGGAUACCAACCGGGAUUGCAGCCUCAACGAGCUAGGCGACUUGACCCGGAACAAAUGCCGAGUCCGAUCCAAGUGAUGCAAGACGAUCAAAAUAUGAGGGGCGGCGUGUUCAUAACGAAUCAGAAAGGUCUCGUGCCGCCGUUGGUGACGACAAAUUUCGUGACUCAGGAUCAAGGAAACACCUCGCCCAGAUACAUCAGGUCCACUAUGUACACCGUUCUCACCACUACCGACAUUAUAAAGCAGACCAAUGUUCCCUUCGGACUCGUGAUAAAUCCGAUGGCCCGUAUCGUGCAAGGGGAAUGCGAACCACCGAUUGCAGACAUGGGCGAAAUUGGACCGGUACGGUGCAUACGCUGUAAAGCCUAUAUGUGUCCGUUCAUGCAAUUUAUCGACGCCGGUCGAAGGUUCCAAUGUAUGUUCUGCAGAGCGACGACGGAAGUUCCAAAUGAUUAUUUCCAACACUUGGACUACACAAGUCAACGUUUAGAUCGUUACGAAAGACCUGAAUUUUUUGAAAAUGUUUGAUACAUAAAAUUACAAAUACAAUUCUGUCUCGAAUUAUACAUCAGUGAGGGCUUUACUAAAUAUAUACAUUAUUCUUUUAUAGUACGUCGCUGCACGCCCAGUGAAGAACGGAGUUCACUAUUUAUCGUCGGGUGAUCCGAUGAUCGGGAGGACCGGCAGAAGAGGAGUCGAUUGCCAGUAGAGGUUGAGUUCAGAAUGGCGCUGCUCUGGUGGGAGAAGAUAUGUCUAGUGUUAUUAUCGCUCGCCGGUUUGAGGAUCGUCGUGAAAAUCGACUUUGUGGCGUGGAAGAAGUUGAUCGCUCCUAAUCUUGGAUUUGGAAUCAAUCUACGAAUGCAGGGAAAAUGGGCGGUGGUGACGGGCGCGACGAACGGCAUUGGAAAUAUAUUCUGUAUAUUGUACCUACUGUAUAUUGUAUCUAUGUAUAUAGUGCAGUAUAAUAAAUUUUAUGUUUAUUACAUUAUAAUAAUGAGAAAUUAAUUUUCCCCCAAAAAUUAUUAGAAUAUCUUUUAGAUAUCAUAAAUGCGAAAUUUAUAUGUUGACAUAUAUCUGAUUUCUUUUAGACAUCAUAAACAAGAACUCUAUAUGUUGACAAACAUUGAAUAGAUUAUCCGGUCGGAUGCCGGUUUUCCGCGUGACUGCCAAGAUCGGUGCUCGAGCGAGAACGAUUGCGUGCUUGUCUGCGUGAUGUAGCGAGAGUAGCGGAUACAGCGAUAAGCAAUGUACUCUGUGACGAGGUAAAAGAUAGCUGAUUUGAGAAAUCUUUUUGACAUCAUUUUCAUGAUAUCUUUCUGUUCUCAAAAACCGGCGCAUUAGAGAACAUUCUGACAUCUUUAUGUUAUAUUUUUGAAGCCUCUAUAAGUUAUCAGGUUCAGAAAUGAGAUAUCAUUUAGAAAUCUUUUUUAUAACAUAUUGUUUUGUGGGAGAGAUUCACGUUGAAAUCUGUUUCAACUUGAUAGUUAUCAUGAAUCCUACAAGGAAAGAGGACGAAGAGAGAAGGAGAAGCUUGUCUUCAAGAAAGACAAAGGAUGGAAGAAAAGGAAAGAGGAACAUGGAAGAAAAGAGAGAUGCGGAAAGGAAAGAAAGGUUAUAUUGUUGUUUAAGACGAUUUUGUGACGUCAUAUUAGUUCGAGCAUUGACGCUGAAAAGUUCAGAUUUCCAACUUCUGUAGCGUCAAAGCGUCGUGCGCGAUAUUUAAAAGUGUCAUUGUCAAUUUUCAUUUUUGUUAGCGCGGGAUCGCGGGUUCCGCUGACCAACAACCGCGCUCCAGAAUACCGGAACCACUCAGCGCUGAGCGCGGAGAAAGCGUAGCGCGAAUUCGAGAAUUCACUGUGGGAGACGAGCAACGAUCACAUCACACACAGAAAGGGCGAGACUGAAUCGACUUCGAGAAACAGAAAUAUUUAUUAUUCACAGUCACCGGUGAAAGUCGGAGCACGGGCUCGAAUCACCUUGCACAGAGGCACCAACAGCUGCAAACACCGGAGGCGGAAAUCUUCAAGUUUCCCUAAUUCCUGCUUCGUACGGCGCGACGGAAAUCUUGCCGGACGACAAAUAAUCGCCCUAUCGAUCGGAAGAUCUUGUUCGCGCUGUCGGUGAUCUUCUCGCGGGC